AUGCGCCGCCACGCACCGCCACCAUCGCCGGCGCGUGUAGCCCACGCGCCCACCUUUGGCGAGACCCACUCGCCGCCGCCGCCGCCACAAACAGGGUCGCCGAAGCCCCCUGAGUCCAUUCCUAGGGUCGGUGACGACUCGUUUGGGCUGUAUUUGAGCAGAUCUGACUUUUAUGAUUUGCUCCCCUUUCCCAGCGAGACCUACUCGCCGCCGCCGCCACAGACAGGGUCGCCGGAGCCUCCUGAUUCUGUUCCUUGGGGCCUUAAUCAUGAGUACGACCCAAUCCGGGUUCAAAUUUUUGGGAUAGAAAAAUUACCACCCCUGUCAGAAGUCUUUUUUAUGGUAAGAGGAGAAGAAACUCGGAGAUCUGUCAUGCUUCAUGGAGGGAUCUCCAACACAGGCUCUGCCAUGACAAUUAGAAAGGGAGUCCACAAGGGAACAAAUGCUGGGGGAAAAACGUUUGAAAGAGAACAGGAAGCCACCAAUCUAUCUAGUCCGUCCCAGUCUAAUCCACCACCCCCACCACCACCAGAUCUUGAUAUGAAAGCUUAUAAGGAGAAACUCGAGCGCUUGGAAGCAAUGAUUGAAUCAAUGAGUAAGCCCUUUGGAUCAUGUACUCUGUCCAUAAAAGGAUCUUGUCACGGGGAAGACGAUUUUAACUGCUAA